AUGGUGCCAAUCCGUUUUUUCGCUUGCCUCAUCAUCCUGGCAUUGAGCGCUGGAGCUGCAGACACCAACAGCACAGACACUGUGGAUGCCUUGCAAACCGUGAGCAACCUGGAGGGUGGCCACUACAUCGCCUACUGGAAAUCCGGCAACGGCUGGCAGAAGGUGAACAAUGAUCAUUGCUCCGUCGCAAGUGAACAGGAGGUGAAAGAAAAGGCGGGACUGGCCUAUCUGUUGGUCUAUGAACUGGCUGGCUACCAGGGCACUGUGUCCUGGGAGUCCCUGAACGAGCACGCAGUGAGUAGAAAGCUCCUGGACCAACGUCUCCACGAGCUCUUGGCGCAUCUGGCCCUGGUGGCGGCGCAGCGUUUGCUGCGCCUGGCGCCCUCCGAGGCGCUGCUGAGCCGCGCCAAGGCGCUGCCGCCGUCGCUGCUGCAGGGUUAUGCCGAUCGGCCGCACACGGGCCUUGGCUCUGUAUUGGCAGCUGUUCGACAGGAUCCGUCCACGCGCUUUCUGGUGCUGACGCGAGAUGUGUUGAUGGCUUCAGGCUUGUGCCCCAGCGACUUGCAAAGACAAGAUGUGGAUAUCCAAGCUAUGCCACGGACGCGGGAAGAAGCCAUUGCACUGUUGCAAUCCAGAAAGAACCAGGAGAAGCCUUUGAUGAUUUUGUGCCGUUGGGCACUUCAUGGCACGUGCUCCGACACAUCCUUCACCAGCCAGGCCAUUCAUCAACUUCGACGGCUGGCGGAUGAGAACGACGUGCAAGGCUUGGUACUGACGAUUCUACUUCCACCCUGGAGGUUUCACGUGGGGAAGAGCUACGAAUCCGCAUUGCUGGGCCAGUGGCAAGUGCUUCAUUUGGAUUCUUUGGAAGAUACCGAAGCACCUUCUUUGGUCACAUCGAUCUUGACGAAUGCGCCCAAUUUGAAGCCUACAGAGCAGUUGGGCUGUCAAGAGGAGGUUCACAAACACCUCGCUGCGGCCGUGGCUCGUCUGCCCAGCAGCGAUGCCAUGCGCCGCAUGGCCGACGGCUGGGUGGACGCGGAGCGAGGCAUGGCGCAGGCCGUGGCGUUCUACGCGCAAGCCGCGUUGCAGACACGCGUUGAUGCCCUGUGGAGCCUAUUGACCAGCGACCAAUUUGCCUUGCUCCUGGACGUGCUCCGACGCAUCCCUUUGGCCGCGCUGCAGGAUAUUUCUUUGCAGCGGGAGGCAGUGGCGACAGCCAAGGAAAUGAUGGGCAUGGAUCGUUGUCAGAGGCGACCGAUGCUUUGUCUUCAAACCACCGUGGGAAACAAGUGCGCCGAGCGCGUGGUUUCCGCUCUGGCGGCAGCACUUCAUUUGAUCUGCGAUCAAGGCGGCUUGCAAGUGCUGCUGCAAAUGGGUGAGGAGGCCACAUUUGCCGUGGCUACAGAUUUGGCGCUCAGGGUCUGGCAUCCCGGGAAUCGGCGGCGGUUCCCCAGUCGACGCCCACGCGGAUGCAAGGAGACUGCGGUGCUACCCUGCUAUCCGCACCUCUUCCACAUGCUGCAGGAGUGCCUCCUGGACAGUCGUGCGGAUCCGGACUCGGACUUGGUGACAGCUGCAAGCUCUGCCUGGAAGAAGCAUCCCUUCUACAAACUCUCUGACUGCGUGGUCAACUCAGGCUUAAUGCGCAGCUACUGCCAAUACCUGGCGCAGCGCUUCGGCUUUCCACGGGUGGCGGCGGAGCUUCUCGAGCUGGAAGCUGCUCUCUACGCGGCGGACGAGCAACUACCAGGCCUUCACGCUUGUGCUUGGUGUCAUCGUUCCGACCUGCUGGCACUGAGCUACCUCUUCCGGGACGGUGUACCUCCCAAGGUGCUUGGGGAAUUGAAAGCCAUAGAUGGACAUGGCACGAACUUCAAAACCAAUGAGGCACUCUUUGGACCUGCUUUGGCCAGUAGCGUCUUGGAUCUGCUGGAGGAAAAGCUGCAGGAGGCCAUGAAAGCCACAGAAGAGCUGCGCAAAGUGCACUUGAACGCCUGGCAUCACUCCUUCUCCGCUGCCCGGGCCACGUUGGGAGGUCGCCUUCUUCCCACGUUGUCCAGGUCCAACCGCGCCAAGCUCCACCGGCUCUCCUUCUUCAGCGACUUGAUCCCCUGCAUGAUGGACCAUGGUGGCCUCAGCAUUUUGUCGGAGCUGCUUGCGGAGUCAAGGACCAUGGACCGCCGUGAGAUGCAGAACCGUUGCCUCGCGCGUCUGGCGACGCAGCUCAACCGCCUCGGUUCCGGUGGCGCGGAGGUGUUCUUCCCUACGGCGCGGGCGGCGCUGCAGCAGAUUUUGGAGGAUUUGUUGCCUGGAAAGGCGGAAAGGUUGCAGCCGUUGAGAAGGGAAUCCGCACAGAUUCUGGAGCUCUUCCGUGACCUGGCCGAGAGGUGUGAAUCCGUUGAGCUCAUCCUGGACAUCGUAGACAGCCGCGGGAUCUUCGCGUCGUGCUAUGCCUUGGUCACUCCAGCGCUGGGCGCGGCGGCCUUGCAGGGACUGCUGGAGGCGGUACAGCAGCACCGUGGGAAGCGAAGCGAAAUGCUGCAGCGGUUCAGUCAGGAAUUCUGCCAAAAGGUCGGUGAACAUCCCUGUCUCCACCUUCCAUGGAAUGCAUGGAUGGAAUGGACGGAAGAACACGAUGACGACACCAGCAGUCUUCCCUGGUUGCUGUACUAUGCCUGGCGAGGGGCCGGGACAGAGCUGUUAGAACUGGAUGGCCUUCAACCCCUGGAGGAACUCCGCCGUGCCGCCGGGGCGUCGUCCGCGCCCAACGUCUUCACCGCGGUGCGCCGCGCGGUGCGGCAGCAGCAGCUGCUGGCGUCGGUGGCGGAGAGCGUGGCGCGGAAGACGCUGCGAACUGCGGAGGGGCAGCAGUUGCUGCUGCAUCUGGGAGCACAGGGACACUUGGAGUCUUUUUGA